CCAACAAAAAGGAAAAAAAAGAAAAGAAAGAUCAAAGAACUCGAACAAUCAAAAUGAAGAGUGCGAUUUGCGGGAGAAUUCUCUCUCCCAACCAUGUCUUCAAACCAGAAAGGAGGAAUGACUAUGACACCUGAUUUCUUCACCUUUAUAAAACUCAAUUAUUCAGCCAGGCUUGGUGACAAUGUUAUCCGGACUAAAGAUUUGUCACUUUGGGACACACCUUCAUUUUGUAAAGGACCAUACUCCAAUAUUUGCAUACCCGUGGCUGUAUUGGCAGCAGUACCUGGUAAAGGAGGAGGGUUGCUUGAAAAGCCGGUUAUUGAGAAAGUCGCCCCUGGCCGUGAGUCUGAAUUUGAUUUGAAGAAAUCACGGAAAACAGCACCACCCUAUCGUGUAAUAUUGCACAACGACAACUUUAAUAAACGGGAAUAUGUUGUUCAAGUACUGAUGAAGGUCAUCCCCGGAAUGACCCUUGAUAAUGCAGUUAAUAUCAUGCAAGAAGCGCAUUACAAUGGAUUGUCAGUAGUGAUUAUCUGUGCACAAUCUGAUGCUGAAGAUCAUUGCAUGCAGCUAAGAGGCAAUGGGUUGCUCAGUUCCAUUGAACCUGCAGAUGGUGGCUGCUGAGCAACAGUUUCACUUAUCGUUGGAUUUUAUGCUAUUGAAAGGUGAGAUGGAACUAUUAGCAGGUGUACAUAAAUUCUCAUGUUGAAGACUUACAGAAACCAGAAAAAAAAAAACAUCUUUUGUAAAACUUGGCCUCAUGAUUAAGAUGAUCGAAACUAUGAUUAAGACAUGUGAUAGUUGUGAUUUUGAAUAAAGAUUUGCACAACAUAUCUAACUAA